AAGCUGUGUUUAAACUUAUUUGCAACUGUACCCGGAUAAUAUCAUCCGCAGAAACAAGUAAAUUCUAAGAUUCUCGUAAAGUUCAAGAUCCUGAUCAAUUCAUAAGUUCAGUCAAAAGGAGGACAGGGAAGACAGAGCGUUAAAAAGUUAAAAGUCAUAGACUUCCAUUCUACUACUGUACAAACUUCUUCGCAGGCAGAAGCACAAACUUAAAAACUCCUUACCUUCACAAGAAUUUCUCCGAUAUCAGUCGGUCCUGGCUGAAUAUCUGUCAAAGAAAACAUGUUAAGUGUGACGAUUUAUACUUAGUAGACCAGUUGAUAGCUUUUAGUGCUCAUGAAGUUCAAAACACCGCCAUUUCAGGGAAGAUUGACUUUUGGCGUCUCCUUCUCCAAGCAACCAUGUUGUAAAUAUCUCAAAUGAACACGCAGUGCUCAAAAGAUUGAGCCAGCGGCACAUACACCUGUUUGAUUCGUUGUUAUGUAAAUCGAAAGUCCAACAUGGCGGAUGACAUUGGCCAAGUCCUAGUAGUCAGCUGUAGUUCGUUUCUUUCCCCUGAAGACAUUAUUCGUGAAAUGUGUAAGACAGAAAUUUCAUCUCCAAAAGAGCAAUCAAAUGGCAUUUUGAGUGCAUACCAAUGGAAAAUAGAGAAUAAGUAUUAUACAGCAGAUGUACAACUCUGUGCAUGUUCUGUGAGCUCUAUCCCUCCUCAAUGUGAGUUUGCUGCCAACAUGAACUUCCAGAGUGUCAUUAUUGCGUUUGAUCUUAAAGAGAAAUCAAGUUUUAACAAAAUGAAAUCAUGGCUGCCAUAUAUUAAGAAACAGGACCCCUCUGUGUUACUACUACUUAACUCUGGUAAAGGAGACAGCAGUGAAGAAAUCUCUAAAUCAGAGGUAGUUAAGUGGUGUUUGGAUAAUUCAUUUGAAUACAUUGAAAUGAUUUCUGAAGAAGAAGAAAGUGAAGAUGAAGAAGAUGACUUUCGAGAGAAGAUUGGGAUUGAUAGAGUGGUUGAGGCUCUUCAAUGUGCAGAGUGGCCAAACAUGAAAAUGCAAGAGAAUUCACGGGGUCAUAAAAGUUCUGAAGAGAACCAACAGGCAGAUGUUGUCCUCAACAACGACGAAAAACUAAACAGCGACCAAGCUGCGGCAGCCGAGCGGCCACCAGGUUUGUUAAAAGAGGGUUUGCUUGUACACUUAAUGAUCCGAGUGGAUUCAAUUGGAAGCACCUGGUGUCAACACAAUCAAGCCACGAAAAGUGGCAAUCUGAAUGCCUGGCCAAGCCACAGAAAACUUCAUUGA